AUGAAUACCGAAAUCGUUGGCCUGGAAGAAAUUUUCCCCGACUCGUAUACACAAGGGAUCGAGUUAACAAGCAUGUACUGCUUCGAAAUAAAUAAAGACAUAACAAAAAAAUGCAUAAAUGUUAUGAAAGAUUUUGCUAAUAGUCAGCUUCAUAACAAUUAUAAUCAUCUAAAAAGAUGUCGUAAAUUAAACGAAAAAAGUGUACAAAUACUUGUCGGAUUUUGUGCUGAAUUACCAGAUGAUAUACUUAACAAAAUAGUACAAAUAAAUAAUGGAAAGGAAAUAACUAUGAAAAAAGUGAAUGUCUCCAAACAUCCACCUAUGACAAGAAAACAAUAUGUAGAAUGGUCUGUACAUUGGCCACUUUAUUAUAGAAAACCGACAAAUGAGUUAACAAUAUUGAAAAAUGAAGAAGUAAAUAAGUGUGUACAUUUUUUAAAUGUUUCCAUUCACAUUGGAAAAAAAUUUGGUACUUGUCAGAGUGGAUGUGUAUUAACACAUAAUGACAAAGUUAUUGCUUGUUCAGGUGAUAAUAUAAAAAAUCACCCAUUACAACAUUCAGUUAUGUUAGCUAUUGAGCAGGUUUCAUUUAAAUUACGUCAUAUGUGGAAGAUUAAAAAAGAAUUAUAUACCUCCAAAAAUGAAUACAUCACUGAGGAUAAUAAAUACACAAUUAGUGAUAUGCGAUACUUAUCUGCAUUGGAAUGUUCACCUGACGUACUUGACAAAAAAUGCAAAAUUGGAUAUGACCAAACGGGGGGGACAAGAAGUGCAAAAUGUAUGUCGAACUUGGCAGGUGCACUUGAUAUGGCAGAGGAAGGGGUGAAUGGAAAUAAAAAUGGCAAUAAAAAUAGCGAUAAGAGUGGCGAUAAGAAUGGCAUUAAGAAUGACGAUAAGAAUGGCAAUAAAAAUAGCGAUAAGAGUGGCGAUAUGAGUGGCGAUAACAAUAUCAGUGUGGUAAAUCACACUCGGAUAAAUACUCACAACCCAGUUGAUAACGAUCAAUAUUUAUGCACUAAUUAUUUUGCCUUUUUAAGCCAUGAACCCUGUUUUAUGUGUGCAAUGGCUAUGAUACAUUCACGUAUUAAAUGUGUAAUAUUUGACAAAGUUAACCCAGCGAAUGGGGCUCUGUUUAGUAGAGAAAAAUUACAUUGCUUAAAAAAACUUAAUCAUCACUUUAAGGUGUACAAAGCAAUCCGAGCGGUGUCAUAG